AUGCCACGACAUAUGAACAGGCGCAAGCGCCGCGGCGUGAGCACGCGCUGCGUGUCGGCGCUCGCGCUGGCCCUCGUGCUGGCCUGGGUUUUUAUGAUCACCCACUUGCUCAGCCAGGAGCCGACGCCGGCGCCGACGCCGGAGAAGCCGCACACGCACACGGGCAGGAAGAACCACACCAAGAAACAUCAUAGAAGACACAAGAAGAAGAAGCGGACGCCCGCGCCCACCGCCUCACCAACAAAUGAACUCAAGGCCGCACAUUGCUGGCCCUUCAAUCGCCAGGGACGAUACGUCAAAAAUACAAUACAAAAACCUGUCAACAAGUGGCGGAGAUUCAGAGUAGGACCGCGCAAGGACCUGGAGAACUUUGUGGCUCCAAUGCUAAAAAAGUUGGGACUGCUCCAGACGAAGUACAUGGACUGGAACGUCUAUGUGGGCCUGCAGUUCAAGCCCGACUACGAAAAGAACUAUUUAGUGGCUCCCGAAGGUGCCUUGAUAACAUCAAUACCGGGCCUCAAAGAAGUUUUUGGGGAUAAGGAGGCCUUCGCGAGAUUAUGGUCCAACUGUGCUCAACAGGUAGCUUCCCUACCUAUAACUGAUGGCGAGAAACAAAAAAUUUGCAGUUUCACGAGGCCCGCUAUCAAUGCGGUGCACAAGAUGACCGAUGUAGGACCGCAACUAGCGGUGGAAGGCGGCGCCCAGGCGUUUUUUGAUAUCGUGGACACGCCGUCGGCGUGGAUCGUGAAACCUCAGAGAAGGUAUUUAUCUCUAGGCAUGCACCUCGCUGUCCUACGGGAGAGUGAUGCUGCAUCACUAGAUACCCUAGCUUCGUGGCUGUCCAAGGAGGUGCCCGUCGAAGAAAAGCUACCACAUUACCGCACGAAGCAACCGGGCGAGUUCACGCUCCAGCAAUACGUAGCAAGGCCCGCUCGCUUGGAUAAGCGGAAGUUCGAUUUGCGAGUUUGGGUCCUCAUCACGUCGCUGGAACCUUUAACAGUCUUCAUGCUCGACGUGGCCUUCCCCAAAAUAAGCGUAGUGGACUAUACGGCGUGGGACUUUCCCGCCAAUGCCUCAACAGUAAACGAGAAGUGCAUGCACGUCCAAUUAAUGGCGGCAGAAGUUUGUGUGAAGAAGAUCAACGCUCGACAUAUGUACCCCUACCAGUACCCGGGCGUGACGCGGCCCGACGUCCACGGCAAGGUUGGGGGCAGGAGCUUCUUCGAGAAUUUGAGGCUUGACGACAAUGAUCUGUUAGGAGGCGAGGAAGCUUGGCGCGAGUGGCAGGAACGCUUGUGGCCUGAGUUAGAAGCGUUGAUCAUGCGGCCUCUACUACUCGCAAAGCCCGCUCUACAUAAGCACGAAGCUCGUAUUUAUGGCGAGUUCGACGGGGACCUCUCGAGGAAGUACCACCGGGUGGCUCUCGUCUCGCCGGACGUCAUCUACGACGCCGACGCAAAAACGUGGACGCUCGAGGAGAUCAACACGAAUGGGCUGUUCCAAUUGGGUGUCGACGACGGCGGUUCCUCGUUUCACGUCGACGAGGGCUACACGGAGGCCUGGCUCCAGAUGAGUGGGGUGGACGAGUUUCCCAACUCUCACAAGUACCAAAAGAUCCUGGAGGAGCGGUUAAAUGACUUCUGUGAGAGCGAAGGAUGUACUGAGUGGGAGAAAUCCGUGUUAAUGCGAUCGGCGCAUGCGACCGCUCAUGUGAAUAGCGGAUGGUACCGGGUCUGGCCGCCCUACGAUUGUGGUCAGGAGUGCGGGCCUAGAUCAACCUUAGAGAAGGACGCGGGGCUGCGGGCGUUACACGAGAGGACCGCGUCGCCACUCGCAAAGAAGCACUGGACGUUCCUGCGGAAACUAGAUAGGACGGCCGGGCUGCUGGGGGGCGACGGGGAGUACCCUAACUAUGUUGUUUAA